CUUUUGGCAGAGAAACGUACUUAGUGCCCACAGAAACCCUCUCCCUCACACAGCUGAGAGUGCCCAGAGCUGCCAGUCAUGAAGGAGCUGAAGAGCAAGGCGUUCUGGAGGGCUGUUUUGGCUGAGCUGGUCGGCAUGACCCUCUUCAUCUUCCUGAGCAUUACAGCUGCAGUUGGAAACACCAACAAUGACAAACCAGACCAGGAGGUCAAGGUGGCACUUGCAUUCGGGUUGGCCAUUGCCACUCUUGCCCAAAGCCUGGGUCACAUCAGUGGAGCUCACCUGAAUCCAGCUGUGACGCUGGGCUUGCUGGCCAGCUGUCAGAUCAGCUUGCUGAAGGCUGUGAUGUAUAUCGUGGCCCAGAUGUUCGGUGCAGCGUUGGCGAGUGGCAUCGUGUAUGGCGUCACGAAAGGGGACACCCUGGGGCUGAACACGAUCAACAGCGACAUCUCUGCAGGUCAAGGUGUUGGUAUUGAACUCUUCGCUACCUUCCAGCUAGUGUUGUGUGUCUUAGCAACCACAGACAAAAGAAGGCGGGACGUGUCAGGCUCCGCCCCUCUGGCCAUCGGCCUCAGCGUUUGCCUGGGACAUUUGACAGCCAUCAGUUUCACGGGAUGUGGAAUCAAUCCAGCUCGAUCCUUUGGUCCGGCAGUAAUUCUGAGAGAUUUUACCAACCACUGGGUGUACUGGGUAGGCCCUAUGUGUGGCGGUGUGGCAGCCGCGCUGGUCUAUGACUUUCUGCUCUUCCCUAAACUGGACGACUUCCCUGAGCGCGUGCGAGUGCUGGUCUCCGGCCCAAACACAGACUAUGAGGUCAACGGUACCGACGACCCCCCUGCUGUAGAGAUGUCUUCAAAGUGAUACGAGACUCGGCAUAUUUAGUGAAUGAUAUUCUAAACCACUAAAUAUCUGUAAAUAUAUCCUUUUUUUCCCCUACAGGGAAAUAGCAUUCAUUUCAAAUUUACUAUAUGACAGUGUGGAGUUGUAAAUGUCAAACCAUUUAUGUAGUUGCUCAAAAGGACAGUUAGCAUUUUGUAUUGACUGAUUCGAGUUUUGUAUUAAUGUUUUUACUCUUAUUUAGUGAAACAGUAUGUACCUCAGGAAAAUUAUACAGUUUUUCACUUUUUUUUUUUUUUUAUUUCACAUAUAAGCUUCCAAAAUUUAGAUUCACUUUUUGUGAACUUUUUUUCCACAUUGUAUUGUAUUAUGUGUACACUAUGAUGAUGUUUUUUGUAAUUAAACUUCAGGAUGUUUAAUCUAAAAUAGAA